CCCUCUCUGCGAUUUUUGUCACUCUCUUCCUCCGCCUCUCUUAAACCCUAAACCCGAAACCCUCUCUCUCGGGGUUUAUCGAUUCCACUCCCUUAAACCCUAAACCCCAAAUUACACACAAAAUGAUGAGCAUCGUGCUCCGGAGGUCACCCACAAUAUCCGCGACGCGGGCCGUCGCCGCCAUCGAAACCCUACUGCUCAACCGCCUCUCAUUUCCCGCCACGUCAUCACCCGCACUUCCGGGAAAUGGUGAUCUCGGCGGCGGUGAGGCUAAUCCAGGGUUUCAAGUUCGGGACUUUCACGUUAAAUCUGGGCCGUUGAAUUUCCGGGCAUCGCCGACGACUUUGUUCGGCGCCCAGGUGGCUUUGGACGACGACUACGACGAGUCGUCUAAAUCGAGCGCGGAAGAUGGGCUUGAGAUUUCGAGGCUAGGGAUUGAUAAGGAGAUUGUGUCUGCUUUGGCCAAGAAGGGGAUCACCAAACUCUUCCCCAUUCAGAGAGCUGUGUUGGAACCAGCAAUGCAAGGGCGUGAUAUGAUUGGUCGUGCUAGAACUGGAACCGGGAAAACUCUUGCAUUUGGGAUUCCCAUUUUGGAUAAAAUUAUUAGAUUCAAUGCCAAACACGGGCGUGGGAGGAAUCCUUUGGCCUUGGUUAUGGCUCCGACAAGAGAGCUCGCGAAGCAGGUUGACAAGGAGUUCCACGAGGCAGCACCUAGCUUGGAUACUAUUUGUGUGUAUGGUGGUACGCCCAUUGGAAAUCAAAUCAGGCAGCUUGCCGAUGGUACUGAUGUGGCUGUGGGCACACCGGGGCGUAUUAUUGAUCUAAUCGAUAGGGGUGCGUUGAAUUUAUCCGAAGUUCAGUUCAUUGUUCUUGAUGAAGCUGAUGAGAUGCUUAAAGUGGGAUUUCAGGAGGCUGUUGAGACAAUCUUAAAGAGCUUGCCAAAGAAACGUCAGACCCUGAUGUUCUCUGCAACAAUGCCGCCUUUCAUUAGAAGUCUUACGCAGAAGUACCUAAAUAAUCCAGCAGUUAUUGAUCUUGUUGGGGACAAUGAUCAGAAAUUAGCCGACGGAAUUUCCCUGUAUUCUAUUGUUGCAGAAUCAUAUGGAAAAGCAUCGAUCCUUGGACCACUUAUAACAGAACAUGCAAAAGGAGGGAAGUGCAUUAUUUUUACUCAGAGAAAACGUGAUGCAGAUAAUUUGGCAUAUGCCCUGUCAAGAAGCCAUAAAUGUGAGGCUUUGCACGGGGAUAUUUCACAACAGCAGAGGGAAAGGGCACUUUCAGGUUUCCGAGAUGGGCGUUUCGAUGUUUUAGUUGCAACAGAUGUUGCUGCUCGUGGGCUUGAUGUACCCAAUGUUGAUUUGGUGAUACACUAUGAGCUUCCAAACAAUUCAGAGAUAUUUGUUCAUCGGUCGGGGCGAACAGGUCGUGCUGGGAAGAAAGGAAGUGCUAUCCUGAUUUACUCACAAAAUCAGGCCAGGAAUGUCCAAAUGAUUCAACGCGAUGUAGGAUGCAGAUUCACAGAGCUCCCCCGGAUUGCUGUUGAUAGCAGCAGUGCAAGCAUGUUCUCUGACAGAGGUAGUAGCGGUGGUCAUUUUGGUGGUUCCGGGGGAUCUGGAUAUGGUCGUCCCGCAAACCGAGGUGGAAACUUUGGUAAUUCAGGUUUUGGCCGUUCUGGUGGUUUUGGUGGCUCUGACCGCUCCAGUGGUUUUGGAGGGUUUGGUGGUUCAGACCGUUCAAGCGGUUUUGGUGGUUCAGACCGUUCAAGCGGUUUUGGAGGGUUUGGUAGUUCUGAUCGUUCAAGUGGCCGUUCAGGUGGUUUUGGAGAUCGUUCCGGUGGUUCUAGGGGCUUUGGUGGGAAUAAUUCUAGCCGGUUUGGGAGCUUUGGGAAAGACGGUGGUUUCACAGGGUUUGGAAAUUCUGACCGUUCAAGUGGUUCGGGAGGGUUUGGUAGUUCUGAUUUUUGAUCAAAACGAGGGAGAAGAGCCUUCUGAUUUUACUGAAUGUUGGGAGGCUACGGGAGGCAGGAAGAAAAAGAUUAGCUAGGAACAAUUCAUUUCAUAUUUCAAAGUGAAUGAUAAGAGGGGCAUGUCGCAAAGUGGUGCACAAGCUUCUGCAAGUUUCUAAUUAUUCUGAAGAAGUCUGAUAUUUUGCUGUUGAUAUUAAAUCUAUAAAUUCCAGUAUGAAACGAACUACAUAUGGAUAAGAGGGCUCUCUCAUGUAAUUUAUCUUAUUUGUUUACAUUAACGAUUGAUCUUUUAUUUGAAGUCUUAGAUAAUGCUCGAGUAUAGUAGUUUACUU